AUUUCAGUAUAAUUUGAAUAAUUCUAAAAUAAAGUGAUAAAAAUGAAAUACAGUUUAAUUUUGGUUGUUUUACCUGCGGUUACGGCUUUGACAAUUUCUGAGGAUUUUUUUCUUACCCGUCAACUUUUGGCAUUUUUCGGGGAUGCUUUUGAUGAUGAAAGCUCAGAAUUAAUAUCAGCUGUGAGCAGCGACAACAAACCAGCAGCUUUAACAUCACAAUUAGACAUAAAAGACCGAGCAGAUCAUUAUUGGACCAGAUUAGGACACAGAAGUCGAACAAGUGCUCCUCCGUACAAUUACGAUGAAUUUUAUUAUAAAAUCCCAAAUACUGACUAUAAUGGAUUUUCAUUGGGAAGAAGGAGGAAAAGGGAUGCAAUGAUUGGUGAAAUAAUUCGACAGAAAAGAGAAAUGGAGAUUAAUAGAAGAGUGGAUACGAAUGGAGCAUUGACUGGCGAUCAUCACAAUUCAACUUCUGAGUUGCCUAAGCCAAUAAUUGAUUAUAAGUUUAAAAAGACAUUUAAAUGUUGCUCCGAUACCGAGGACACAACACCCAAUGCCAAUGAAAAUUUACAGUCCAUAAAAUCUCAAUGCGUUCAGGAAAUGAAGAAGAACAAAAAGGCACACAAAUCAGAUAACUCAACGACUGACAGUGAAGGUGGCCUUUACAAUUUAUUUUCAUGUGAUCGACUGAAUCGUUGGAAGGCAACGAUAACAUGCACAAUGAACUGUAUGGGACAAAAACUUGAAAUGGUUGAUUCCGAUGGAAACAUUAAUAUAAACAGAACAAAAUCAGUUAUUUUAGACAAUUUUGCGCAGCAGAGUUGGCAACAAGAAAUUUCUGACGAUGCUGUUGACAAAUGUGCUCAAGAUGUUAUAAGCAAGCCAGGUAUUAUGCUUGAUAAAUAUGGACUACAGUGUAAGGGAGAUUCUUUGGAUGAGUGGAAUUUUAAAAAAACAAUUGCAAUUCUUCUUUUACUUGAAAUUUCAAAAUUCGUAAAACCGUUACAUUUUCUGUUUACAAGUUUAAGUAAAUAAAAACUAAAUCAACCAAUUUUACACAAUUUUAAGGAAAAAAGGGUAAAAUAUCAUGAAAAAUAAACAAAACUUUGUUUAAAAAUUGUAUGACUUUUUAGAAACACAGGAUAAUAUGGACAUUUACAGACAAACGUGGUGUGCAUUAUAGAGUACUAAGUGGCCUUUAUGAUGUUUACACAGCUGCAGACUUUGUUCAAUGUGCUAAUUCUUUUGUAAAAAAAAUUACAGUUUUUGAAGUAGAUCAAAAAGAAGUCACUGAUGAAUUUCCUAUGCUUGAGAAGCGAUGGAAAAAUUAUAAAAUUAUUCCUGGAACACUUGAUUUUCAUUUUUUUAUGCCUUCGGAGAAAGAAGGAUACAUCUGUGCUGCUAAUUCGUCAUUACUAGAUGGCUUGAAAGAAAUCAAGUUUGUUAAGAAGACCAAAAAGGUUUAAUAAAAUUCUUUUUUCUUGAACAUAAAUUUAACGGUUUUUAUGAUUUUGAUUUUGUACCGGUUUUUAAAAAUUCAAAUUAUUUGAAGCGCUUUGAAAUAACUCGUUGACAUGAAUAAUUUGUCAAAGAAUUAAAAAAUCUCAUUAAUUAAACUACAAUGACGAGAAUUAACGUAGUGAGCAGGUAGAAUGAGGUGAAUUUUAUCAUCUGGUCCUUAUUUUUUGGGCAAAAACUCAAUAGUUUUCUUUAUUUUUUGAUUCUUUGGAUGCAAGUUCCAUUUUUUGUCAACGAGUUAUUGACAAAGAAUCCAAAUAACUUAAUUAAUGUAUAAUUUUACCAUGCAGAAUUAAAACAAUUUGAUAGAUUUUGACCUAAUGUACUAGCCAAAACAAUAAAAUGAGAGUCGGUAGAAGAAAAAUUUAACAAAAAAUUGAUUCUUUGAAAAAAAAUUCCAAAAACUCAUCCAAAGAAUCUCCCGUAACACAAAAAUGGCUGAGUUCGCUUACUGCUUGUGGAGAGAAUUUUUCAUUUUAUGUCCAUCUGAAAGGCAGAAUAAAUCCAAGCAAUGUGAAAAGCUUAGAUAUAUAUUGAGGAA